UAUACCGGACCCGUAUUCAACUAGAUCUGUAAAACCAUUAUUUAUCGAGAUAUUGUGGUGGAAGUGUCCAGUUAUAUCUUUCUAGUCACCUGGAACUGAAACAAUGAAUUUAACUCUUGAUGCAUAUGAUUUGAAGCACUGUGGAAAAAUGAUGAUGGCACUAAACAAACAAAGAGAAAGCAAAGGGCAUAGUGACUUCACAAUUAUGGUUGAUGGUAAAGAAAUACUAGCACACAGGAAUGUUCUGUCAGCAGGAUCAGAUUACUUUCGGGCAAUGUUGUCUCAUGAAAAUGUUGAGAGCAGCAGUGGCGUUGUGGUGAUGAAACAUGUUCAAUACUCAAAUCUGAAAACAUGCAUCGAUUAUCUUUACACCGGUCAUGUUCCAACUGCUAAUCGCGAACAACUAAUGCAUACCGCUCAUAUGCUCCAGUUACAAGACUUGUGCGACAAAAUUGCAAUAUCAUUUGAGAAAGAACUGAGUCCAAAAUCGUUCUAUUCAACAAAGAUGAUCGCAAACACUUUCAACUGCGCCAGUUUAGUUGAAAGUUGCAACAAAUAUGCUUCGAGAAAUUUUCAAGCAAUUGUAUGUGAGGACGAUUUCAAACAUUUGGAUGAAGCUUAUGUUUUCUUUCUUAUUGGAUCAAAAUCAAUCAAUGCAACUGAAGCUGUCAAGUGCAAAGCUUUGAUUAUUUGGACCAACUUUGAUUUAAAGACUCGGGCAUCGACGUUUGAAGAAUUAUUUGGAAAUCUGGAUUUGGCAAAGAUAUCGAAGAAAUAUCAAAAGUUUUUGGUGGAGAAAGAGCCUCUGGUCUUUGAUUCUGCACGAUACCAUGAAGCACUUCUGAAUAUCUUAAGCGCUGGAUCACAAGUUACAGCUGAAGAUAUUGACAUCAGAAAUGCUGCCAAGCCGAUUAACGCAAUUGCUGUUUUUGAUAUAAAAUCUAAAUCAAUUCAAACAUUUAAUCCAAAGAUAGAAACCUGGAUAGAACUGGAGGGCAUCAUUGAGGAAUUUCUUGGUAAAGACUUCACUGCUGUAGUACUUGGUAACUUCACAUAUGUACUUGUGGAUGAUGGAACCAAUUAUCAACUGAAUUUUACGGAUACCAAAGCUACAUGGGUAAGACUGGCAGAUCGGAGAUUGACAAAGAGACGUGUGGCUGCUGUUGCAUUUGAAGGUUCAAUCUAUGCAUUUGAUGAUUCUGGCAGCAACAGUAAAGCAGUUGAGAAAUUUGAUGUAACUUGGUCUCAUGUCACUGAUAAACCUGUGGACGGAUGUUUGGCAUCAAUAGCUGCUGCAGGAGGUUUCAUUUACUGUAUAGGGGGGUUCAGUGGUGGGUGUAUAUCUCACGCAAUGAAAUUCAAUCCGUCAGAUUCAACAUGGACGACACUUCCUUCAAUGCCGACUGCAAGAUAUGGUGCAGCUGCAGUUAAACUUGAUGGGAAGAUUUAUGUCAUGGGCGGAUGCUACCAUAACUACUCGAACGUUGUGGAAUGCUUUGAUACAGUUGCUGAAAUAUGGACCACUGUUGCCACAUUAAACAAUUCGAGAUAUUAUUUCAAAGCCUGUGUUGUUGAAGGAAAGAUAUUUGCUGUUGGAGGGAAUAAUUCCAAGAACACAAUAGAAGAAUAUGAUCCCGCUGUGAACUCCUGGAAAGUUGUUGAAACAAUGGAUGGAAAAGACAUUGUGAGAUUGGCUUCCAUCGCUUUGAAUGUUCCUUUAUAAACAAUGACUGAAUAUCCAACGUCAAUACUUCAACCUUCAACCCUUUUAAACUGCUAUGAUUAACAAUCACUUUAUUGAUGGAACUUUCAUUGAUUUACUCAUCCUAUGUGCUUUAUCAAAACAGCAGAUUUUUAAUAUAUCAAUAUUUUCGAUAUCUUGGUGUGAUUUUAAAUUGUAAAUAUCAUUUCACAGAUCAAACAAUUUAGGUCGAUAUUAAGACUUAAGUAAAGGAUUCCAUUGUUGAGACUCUUUUAUCUAGAAUUUAUUGUUUGUUAACUUAGUAAUUACUAUAUAUAAUGGUUUUUCAUCAUUCCAAUGUUUCUUUAUUAAUUGAUUUUGAUAAACUUUAUUGAUGGAACUUACAUUGAUUUAUUCAUCCUAUGUGCUUUAUCAAAACAGCAGAUUUUCAAUAUAUCAAUAUUUUCGCUAUCUUGGUGUGAAUAGACACCUUAAUGUAGAAUUGGCUGUACUAGUGACAGAGCAUAUGUAACAAGAAUCUAUACCAAUAUACAAUUUUGAAAAUAA